AAGCCCCGUGUGUCGGCCGGCUUCCCUCGUGGCCGACCGCCGACAUGGCGCACUACAACUUCAAGAAGAUCACGGUGGUGCCGUCCGCCAAGGACUUUAUUGACCUGACAUUAUCGAAGACGCAACGGAAGACUCCAACAGUCAUUCAUAAACAUUACCAAAUUCAUCGCAUUAGACAUUUUUACAUGAGAAAAGUCAAAUUUACUCAACAGAAUUACCAUGACAGACUCUCACAGAUUAUAAUGGAUUUCCCCAAAUUGGAUGAUAUCCAUCCAUUUUAUGCUGAUUUGAUGAACAUUCUCUAUGAUAAAGAUCAUUACAAAUUGGCUCUGGGACAAAUAAAUAUUGCCAAGAAUUUAGUGGACAAUGUUGCUAAAGAUUAUGUGCGGCUUAUGAAAUAUGGAGACUCCCUCUACCGUUGCAAGCAGCUGAAGCGUGCCGCCCUGGGGCGAAUGUGCACUAUUAUCAAAAGACAGAAACAGAGUUUGGAGUAUUUGGAACAAGUGCGUCAGCACCUUUCCCGUCUGCCAACUAUUGACCCGAACACAAGGACCCUGCUUCUAUGUGGGUACCCGAAUGUCGGCAAGUCCAGCUUCAUUAAUAAGGUGACAAGAGCAGAUGUGGAUGUCCAGCCUUAUGCAUUUACCACCAAAUCCCUGUUUGUUGGACACAUGGAUUAUAAGUAUCUGCGCUGGCAGGUUGUAGAUACCCCGGGGAUUUUGGACCACCCUUUGGAGGAUCGGAACACAAUUGAAAUGCAGGCCAUCACGGCCCUGGCCCAUCUGCGUGCCGCGGUGCUGUACGUGAUGGACUUGUCUGAGCAGUGUGGGCACGGGCUGCAGGCGCAGCUGGAGCUCUUCCAGAACAUCAGGCCUCUCUUUGUCAACAAGCCUCUUAUAGUUGUAGCAAACAAAUGUGAUGUAAAGAGAAUAGCUGAGCUUCCAGAAGAUGACCAGAAAAUAUUUAUAGAUUUGCAGGCUGAAGGAUUUCCUGUGAUAGAGACCAGCACCCUGACGGAGGAAGGGGUUAUCAAAGUGAAAACAGAGGCUUGUGACAGGCUCUUGGCUCAUCGAGUUGAAACCAAAAUGAAAGGAAAUAAAGUCAAUGAGGUGCUGAACAGAUUGCAUUUGGCUAUGCCAAACAAAAGAGAUGAUAAGGAGAGACCCCCUUUCAUCCCAGAAGGAGUGGUGGCACGCAGGAAGAGAAUGGAGAUUGUGGAGUCUCAAAGGAAGAGGGAACGAGAUAUUGAACUGGAACUGGGAGAUGAUUAUAUUUUGGAUCUUCAAAAGUACUGGGACAUAAUGAAUUCAUCUGAAAAGUAUGAUAAGAUACCUGAGAUCUGGGAAGGCCAUAAUGUAGCUGAUUACAUUGAUCCUGACAUCAUGCAGAAAUUGGAAGAAUUAGAAAAAGAAGAAGAGCUAAGAACAGCUGCCGGAGAAUAUGACAGUGAUUCAGAAAGUGAAGAUGAAGAAAUGGUGGAAAUCCGACAGUUGGCAAAAGAAAUCAGAGAAAAAAGGAAGUUGAAAAUUCUGCAGUCCAAAGAGAAGGACACACAGGGACCCAGAAUGCCACGAACUGCUAAGAAGGUUCAGCGGAAAGUCUUGGAGAAUGAGAUGCGCAGUCUUGGUGUUGACAUGGAUGAUAAUGACAACGCCCAUUAUGCAGUCCAAGCCAGAAGGUCUCGGAGUGUCACUAGGAAAAGGAAGCGGGAAGACUCUGUCCCGCCCACAUCUCUUGCCCGGAGUCGCAGUUGUUCUCGAACUCCACGUGAUGUGUCUGGUCUUCGGGACGUCAAGAUGGUGAAGAAAGCCAAGACUAUGAUGAAGAAUUCUCAGAAGAAGAUGAAUCGCUUGGGGAAGAAAGGGGAGGCAGACAGGCAUGUGUUUGAUAUGAAGCCCAAGCACUUACUCUCUGGGAAGAGGAAAGCUGGUAAAAAGGACAGGAGAUAGUGUCCUUCUCAGCUGAAGCAGUUUGGCAGGACUGUUGUUUGUUUCUCGUUUGACAUGGUAUGGUUUCAGAAAAUUGCAGUCAUGAUCUAUAAACUAUAAAUAACAAUGAAAUAACUAAAGCACCUUUUUUCCUCAAAAUUAUGGUUAACCCUUGCCGAAACCGGUUUGGCUCAGUGGAUAGAGCGUCAGUCUGCGGACUGAAAGGUCCCCGGUUCGAUUCUGGUCAAGGGCAUGUACAUUGGUUGCGGGCACAUCCCCGGUAGGGGGUGUGUAGGAGGCAGCUGGUCGAUGUUUCUCUCUCAUCGAUGUUUCUAGCUCUCUAUCCCUCUCCCUUCCCUCUGUAAAAAAUCAAUAAAAUAUAUAUUUUUAAAAAUUAUGGUUAACCCUUAACAAUACAGGUGUGAGAAAUUUUUAUCACUGCCUAAUAUUGCAAAUACUUUGAGUAGACUGGUUUCUGCUUUUUUUUUUUUUUUUUUAAUAUAUAUUUUUAUUGACUUCAGAGAGGAAGGGAGAGGGAGAGAGAAACAUCAAUGAUAAGAGAAUCAUUGAUCAGCUGCCUCCUGCACGCCCCCUACUGGGGAUCGAGCCCACAACCCAGGCAUGUGCCCUUGACCGGAAUCGAACCUGGGACCCUUCAGUCCGCAGGCUGACGCGCUAGCCACUGAGCCAAACCAGCUAGGGCUGGUUUCUGCUUUUAAUGGACUUUUGAUUGCAUCAGAUUUGCAGAACUGGGAAGAUUUAUUGGUGUGACUGUUGUUUUUGAUGGAGAAAAAAAGUCUUCUCUUCAGCAAGACGGAACUUUGGUUUGGUUCCCUGCAUAUAAAUAGGCCUUCCUUGCUAAGAAAACCUCUCCACUUGUGGCCAUGGGCAGAAGGCUGCCAGUCCUGCUUUGCAGAUACAGGUUGUGGGUUUGUCGUAUGCCAGCACUAAAUUAUUUUCUAGUCUUUUUGUACAAUGUGCCAUUGUAAUCUGUCUUCAUUAUUUUAUCCAAAAUAAACUUCUUUUAGUUU